AUUAAAUUAUAAUUUAUAGCUAUUAUACAUUUUUUUUUACCAUUUCAUAAUGCCUACUUGUUGCGUUGUUCCAAAUUGCAAAUCUCGAGGAAGUACUGAUAGCGAUUUCCACUUUUUUACGUUUCCAAUUAAUGAUGGAAUUCGUUUGGAAAAAUGGAUGUUGGCUAUAAAUCGUCAAGGAUUUAUACCAAAGAAGUCGAGCCGAAUAUGUAACAUCCAUUUUUUAAAAACAGAUUUUGUUGAUAGUCCAGGAGGCAGUUACAAGUUAAAACUUAAGCCCAAUAGUGUGCCAUCAGUUUUUCCUGGCAGACCUGUAGCAUCAACUUCAAUAUCCAGUGAAUCACCUAUGCAGCAGUCAGAUAUCUUAAUUACGACACCAACAAGAAAGCGACCAUUAUUAUCGUCAAGUGAUGAUGAUAAUAAAGACAAGUCAUGGGUUGGUCAUGGACAGAAACUAAGAUGCCAAAAGCAACAAGUUCCCCUGUACUAA